AGCUCGUACUCGGUUUCAUUAUACAACAACUGUGAGAAGGAGACUAUAUCUUUUUUUAAAAAGAAUGGUGUCCGAUCGGAAAGGGUCAGCGUGCUUACGGGGAAAACGCCAAAGCGGUGACAGCUUGAAUUUGGGCGACUGCAGCGCGGUACGGCUCUGCCUGGCUCUGCUUGCAACAGGCUUGCACGAAGCCCUCGGCUUUCUUUGUAGCACGCUCUGCACAGGCAUCCUCUCUUGGAUUGCACCUCUCCAGAGCCUCUGCUGCUGCUACGUGCUCUCUACGAACUUCACGAUCUCGAGCUGCGGCUGGCGUUCGACAACCAUGCCUCUUCCUGCAGGGCUUUCUUCAGAUACUGUUGACGCGACUGGUUCCACCACUCCGCCCACGGCCAUGCAGGAUGACCAAUGGAGUGAUACGCAUACAGCUGAAACGGACGAUGAGAGAGAUGAAAUCCGGGAGGUCACGCAGCAUGACGAGGAUGUAACCAUACAGCCCCAGAAAAUCGCUACCACCAGCAAGUCGCAUGAUAUUCGUUCUACGUCACCCCCUGCCGCUAGUCCUACUACAACACAAGAACAGCCUCUUGACGAGGUAGAUGCUACCAGCGUACAUAGUGUUCCAGUGGUUCAGGUGACAGAGCCCACCAGUCCGGUGGCUUCAGCCAAUACACCUCGAAGUACAAGUUCGACGUUUCCCUCGUCUCCAACCUCCAAUCUGGCUCCUACUAAUAGAUCCUCUCUACAUGAGCGCAGGCAUCGUCGUAGGUCAAUACCAGAUACUCGUGCCUCGAACCGCAUUUCUGGUUUCUUCUCCAAUCUCAUCCACCGUCGUGAUCAUCCACCAACCCCAACUCGAGAUACAAUGGCACCUGAGCCCGCCACUGCCGCUCGAACCUCAUCUCGUGGAUCUUCACCUUUACCAUCUCGUCCAUCCACACCACCGCCACCCCUUCCCCCUCCUUCACUGAAAGAUCUGGGACUCACGCUCGCUUCGAUUACAUCUCACCUUUCACCAUCUCAUUUUAGUUCACCGCCGACUAGCGGCGCAUUCCUUGCGCCGAACUAUCUCCUCUUAUGUCAUGCACAGGGACUAGAUGUGCUGCCUCUGGCGAAUCCGCCGUCGACGCAGCCCUACACGUUGAUCAGAAGAGUACCCUUCAAGAGCGUGGUAGUAAUGGAACAUCGCGGUGUACUCGUGGCUAUUGCCGGCAGGCGUGAUGGCGUCAGGGUAUACGCCUUGGAAGAAGUCAAACGUGCGAUCGAGUGGAGAAUGGAAGUUGAGAUACGGAGGGAACGUGAGAAAGCCCGCAGGGAAGAAGCAAAGAAAGCUACCGCUGCCAAUGCCGAAGCUCACAAAAGGGCAAUGUCGGAGAAAGCAAAGUUGUUUCCAUCAUCCAAUAGUAAUGACAAGCUCGUUCGCCGAUCAUCCAUUUCUGUGGUUCCAUCCUCUCCUGCGGCCACACCUCGAACACCCCCUCGACCGCCUGCACCGCCAAUUCCUGCAGGGCCUCCUCCGGCGUACUCUCCGACAAUACGUGGACGAGAGCCUUCAUCAUUGAAUCUGAACGCUACAGUCUCUCGAGCCCGAACAACUUCUGUGAACGAUGUCCUGGCUGGUACUGCUCGAAGACGACCAACAUCCGAAGAUACUGAACGAGAUGUCCACGAUGACACGAAGCCUGACUGGGUAUCUAGUGACGAUGAGGCAAUCAAUCCCGUUGCUGCCCCAAGUGGAAGUCAAGCUUUGGACGAACGUACGAGUGCAGCUGCAUCUGGGUCCGCAUCUGCGCAUGCUGUCGCUUCGACGUCGGGCGCCCGGCUAGAAGUUCCUCGCACUCAAACUUCAUCUUCCAUUCAUAAUCGUCGACAUCGUCCAAGUAAUCUAGAUCUCAGCAUGCUCAGACCGAAUGGAAAUGUCGCUACUUCUCCGACGGCGCCUCCAUCGCCUACGCCUACGCUUUUGACAUUGCGUCAAGCACUUCUUGCCUCUCCAGGUAGUACACCGGCUCUUCCUGCCAGGCAUACACUCAGCCGACAAAAUACAAAUGAGACGCCGGAACCCGAUGGAGAGGCAGAUGAGGAUGAAGAUGCAGAUGCAGAUCCUCCUCCUUCAUCCCCUACUACGCCAACUCGAGAACGAAUAUCUUUGGCAGAUGCUUUGUUUGAAAGUCGUCUACCCAAUCUGCCUCCCGUUGGAACUCGUCAACCACAAGAGGCAAUCUUGCUUAGCUCGGUAGCAUCGGGCGACGAAGAUCCUACUGCAAGCCCCCGAACGUCUGAUACACACUCGACGUACACUAGGAGAAGCACAGGUGAUCAAUCAAACCGACGACGUCGGAGAUGGUCUGUUCUCGAUGGUAUUUUCACCCCAUCGUCGGCACAUGCUUCCCAGUCUUCGAUACCAUCAGUACCGGAAACUAGUAUGCCCUCCCAGGCCAAUGCGGUCCAUACAGAUACCGAGACGAGGGAGAGAACAUUGUCGCGGUCGCAAUCCACUCGCGCGGUGUCCUCAUUGCCUCAAAGUGCUCCGCGGGCACCCUCUAAUGGUCGUCCGGCUACUGCAGACGGCCACACUAUCACAUCAACGGUGACGGUACCUCCAGUUCCAACACCUGCUCCGUCUGUUUCAUCGCGAUUCAUUCCGAGGAUCCUCACGAAUGCAUUUUACAAUCGCCGCAACGAUGAUCGACCUCCUACGCCGAAUACUGCGGAUUCAGAUUCUCGAAGAAACCUGACGACUCCCAUGGCACCUCACGCUCCUGCACCGAAACUUGAGUAUGUCAAGUUGCCAGGUACCAAGGGUUCAGUGAUGAUCAAGGCCGUCGAGACUGCUAAAAAGAGCUUUUUGGCCAUUCUCUGUGGAGAAAAUGGCGAGAAAGUGGAACUUUUCGCUGGUACAUACCGCACAGCACUGGGUCUUUCUCGCACUUUUAUUCUCCCAGACUCACCACGUUCGCUGGAGUUGCAGCUACAAGGCGAUGAUCUGGUUGAGGUUUUCCUAGUAUUCUCUCAGAACGUUUUCGGCCUUGAACCUGCCACGGUACGGGUACGUGAAGUACGCAUUGGUAGGGCGGAGCGGAGAGCAGCUCGUCGACGAGCGAGGGAGAACCGAACGACCGACCCAAAUGACCCCGCCGAGCCUGCGGAUGGCGAUACAAUGCCUGGUGAGGAAGAGACCUCAGUGAAUGUCUCCAUCGGAGUAGCAGUCACGCCAGCCCCGCCCACUGGGAUGGAGGAAGGCCCACCCGCCCAAUCACCGUUACCGAGUCCAAGUCCCAGUGGCUCAACCCUUCCUCUUCAAUCUGGAGAGACGCCAACUGGGAACGCGGAGGCAGCCAGUGCUACUGACGAGCUCAUAACUUUGGCCACUGCCCAGAUGAGUCCAUACUCGACAUUCCAACAACUCCACUUUGCCCCAAAGUUCCCUCUGGCGACGAUCGCGGAUGACUACGUUAUUCCUCCUACGUACCCUUCGUUCAUCGGUUAUCGGAAUCAGUAUGAGCCUGAAGUGAACGGCAGCAAUAAUGUUGAUUUGUCCCAAGUCCAGUUCUCUCCUCCAGGGUUGCCUGUGCCUACAUCAUCCCCACCGUCCAAAUGGUACUACCGGGAUCCGAAAGGCGUUGUUCAUGGUCCUUGGAAGACUUCUCUGAUGCAAGCUUGGUACCAGGAUGGACUUCUUCCACCGGAACUACCUGUGAGGAGAGAGGAAGACACGGAGUAUACACUGCUCAAAGAUUUGCGUUCUCAAUGCUUAGAUCCUACCCAUCCAUUCCGCUCUUCUCCUCCCCCACCGACGCAGUCCCUUGCUCAUGCUGUUCCCCUUCCUUUGGAUGCAUCAAAACCUUUACUGAGGCCGCUAUCGUUGCUUGCCCAGCCAAAGCAUUUUGGACCACCUGCCCUGUUCUACUCGUCUCGUGGUGGACACAGCACCACAAUUGUUGAUGCACGCGGCCGGUCGGUUCUGAAGGGACGGUUCUUGUGGAGUGCGGAUGCCGAUGAUGACCUCAACACAAGCUUUCCUCGACUUGGCGAUGUCAAACGCCUUGAAGCAUUCGAUGUCAAUGACCGGGCAGUCCUGGUCGCAAUGCGCCAAGGGGGUUUGGAGGUAGUUGACUUCGGUGAUGCUUUACUCAAGCCCGCUGAUUACUCGCGCACGCUCUUCCCGCACUUCCAUCCCCCUUUGUCCAGCAUCAACAGACGGGGCGCUUUCGUCUGGAAGAUUGGCGCACCCAUCUCAUCGACUUCAUCCCCAUCUGCUGUUUUCGGUCUUCCGUCGAAGUUCCCUGCACAUCGUCUGCAACCCAAGAAACAGAGUACAGGACCCACGAAGUCGCCUGGGAGGACUGACUUUUCGCUUGGUGGUGGUGAUCGCGAUGCUGACGGCGAAUCUCAAGAUGAAGUAUUGUUUCUCGGACGAAAAGAUGAUGAACUAUAUCUGUGUGAGCGGAGGGCGGGCUCCUUCCGCAUUCUUUGCUUGUCGCCAUCGUCUUCUUCAGAACUUCAGACACCUAGCCUCCCCGUACGAGCCCUUGAUGACCAUCGCAUACAUUCUCUAUGAACCUCAUCCACAAGAUUGACAUGUGUAUAUCUCCAGCAUCAUGAUACCUGCUCUAAUUUACUCAUAUUACCCAACAGUAGAUGCCUAUGGACGUAUUUACUUGCAUCGUACAUCCUCUCGUUGACCUUAUCCAUCAUCCUCGCAUCGUCAUAUCUGUCUACUCAAGCUGUUGUUACUAUAUCAUAUGUACGGGUCGCCUUCGCGGUAUAUUGGGCGAUGGCAUAUUGGGCGAUCGUAAUAUAUACACUAGAUAACUAUGAAAAGGCACUGCGCAAGCAAAGCA